AUGCAUGGAAACCUCCCCAGUGCCAACAGUCUCCCGGCUGGCUCUAUCAGUCACAUAAAAGUUCCUCCGCGUCGGAUCUCUCGCGCCAACCAUGCCAUCCGGCUGGCCAUCCCAUUCAAUCGAAUAUCCGUCAUCCUUCCUCCAGUCGGCUUUCCUGUAGCUUGUAGGGUUCCAUCACCUUGUUGCUGGCACAGAAUGCGACGAUGUACUGAUGUAAUAUUUGAUUGGCUCCAUCGCCGACCCCGGCCUUCGGCACUCCCUCCACAGAACUCACCUUUGGAACCCCAUCUUCCACUCCUGCCUUCGGCACCCCCUCCACUCCAUCAUUCGCGCCGCCAUCCUCUACUCCGGCGUUCGGCACUCCAUUUUCCACGCCGGCAUUCAGCACGCCUUUUUCCACUCCGGCGUUCAACACGACGUUUUCGACACCGGCGUUCGGGACCCCAUCAACGCCGGCAUUCGGGACCCAUCAACGCCGGCGUUCGGUUCCACUCCCUUUUUCCAACAACCCCAACAACUUCAACUCUACAGCAGCAGCAGCAGACAUCCUUCUCCUUCUUUCCUCAGCAACCGCAGCAGCAGUUCCCUUCUUUUGGCUUGCAGCACAAUGCGCAGAUCACCACGCAGAUGGCGCCUGUCGCUCCACUCACUCUGUGUCUCGCUGACCGUGACGACCUGGUGAUCGUAGAUGCCUACAAGGAAGAACCGGCCAAUCCUAAAUAUUCUUUCAGGCAUUUGCUUUUUAGUGUGACUGAUCCGACAGCUAGGGUGAAACCUGUUGGUGUUUGUGAUAUAAAAUGGGCGGAGGCAAUGGGGAAGCUGGAGGGAAUGGGGAGUGUGGAUCGGGAGAGACUGUGGCCCGAGCUUGUUCAAGGAGUCAAGGGCCUUUCAAAUCGAAGCAAGAUUCAGGAUGAAACUAUUGUUUCGUAUGCAGAAAGGUUGCAGAAGACACAAUCUAAUGUCAAAAAGCUUCAAAGGCAUAUCCAAGCAGAUGUAUUUCCUUGGGUCCAGAGGUUGCAGCAGAAAGAGCAAUGCCUUCAAAGGCGUCUAUCGAGGGUUGUGAGAAUAAUGGAAGCAUUGGAGGGCAGAGGUCUACGGAUGCCUUUGAUGAAAGAUGAACAAGAGCUGGCUGAUAAGUUUGAUUAUAGACAGAUUAAGGGACCAGGAGGAGAGCAGUCCAGGAAGGUUCAUAAUCUGCUAUUGCUAUCUAUAACUCGAGUGCAAGCCAAUGGCGGUGGCAUCGGAACUAGCUAUCAUCUCGGUUCUGUCAAAAUUGAUGAACAAAGCCUUGCAGACUUACAAGAGGUGUUACAGCAACAGACAGAAGCAAUUGCGAGAUUGGGGAACGUGUUGAAGAAGGAUACGAGGGACAUGGAAACUGAGAUUCAACAAUGACUAAUGACUAAUGAUUAAGAGCCCUCAGAACACCUAAUUCGCCCCUACAACGCAAGUCUUCCUUUUUCCUCUCUUCUUUUCUCCCCCUCGGUCCCC